CCAUUUCUACCACAGGUAGCAAGGAAGGUGGGUCCUGUUCCACUUAAAAACACUUUUCUUUUUCCUCAGGUGUAUCUUCAUAGGAACAAGUCACUUUCUGUCUGACAGGGAGUCACUGAGUGUGAGCAGCACCUACUACAAAGCAUGAGGACUCUGCUGAUUCUCCUGCUGCUUUGCUGGGUCAGUUCUGCAGAUGGGCUGAUCUGCUACGUGUGCAGCUCCACAACGACUAACAGUAAGUGUAACCUGAACACGGACACCUGCCAGGCGCCUCUCGACACCUGCAUGAGCACAGUGGUCACUGCAGGAAAUGUCAUGGCCAUAGUGAAGCAAUGCACCAGCGGCAAUAUCUGCUCGGCAGCCGCCUCUACCGCCUCAGUCACGGGCAGCGGAGCGACCGCGAUCACCUGCUGCAGUUCUGAUCUGUGUAACUACAGCGGAGCCACGCCUGCCCGUCUGCACACGCUUCUCCUCGCCCUGCCGCUGUGUGCCAUCUUCGCCCUCCGCUACAUCAGCACUUAACGUUACAGAUCGGUGGCGUAUCCACGCCCCUUACUGUAAUAUAAUUUGUAAUUACACAUUAGGCAACUUCCAGUUUCAUACCACCCUCCAGGAAAUGUAUAUUUUCCAACUGUGUCAGGUGACAGGUUGCCUGGCUCCUGAGUGUUUGAUAAGUGAUGUUUUUCUAAACUGGUUUUACAACACGUCUACCCACCACCACAUAAUGUUUUUCUUGUUGUUUUGGAAUUAUUACAAUUUAUUUUAUUUUCUUUGAAUUUUUUUUUAACUAUCUAAUUACCGAUUGAACAAAUAAGUAUGUUUAUCGUUGAAUGAAAGAACCACUUUGGAAAUUCUACUCCUCUAAAGCAGAUACUGUAUAAAAUGUAUUCAUAUUUUCAUCUACAACACGUGUCAAACUGAAGGCCCGCGGGCCACAUCCGUCCGGCGUACAAUACCCGGCCCGCAAGAUCAUUUUGUAUAUCUUUUUUUAAUGGCCCGACGAUAUGAAGCGCCGAAAACACACAAACUACAAAUCCCAUAAUACAGCGCAACAGCUUCCUUACCGAACGAUAGGCUAUCUGCGACCAUUCCCGCGUCAAUUACGUCAGAUCAAUCAAGCGUCUGUUGAUGUAUACAACCCUAAUUUCAAGUCAAAGCUAGCCCCAAACAAUAGCCAAGAGAAAAGUUGAUUCUGAAAACAGAGCCUUUCAAAACCGAUGGGAGUAUAUGUUUACUGACAUUGCCGGUAAACCCGUGUGUGUUGUUUGUGGAGCUAAUGUGGCUAAGAGAGAAUCUCCACAACACAGAACCUUACCCCAAACAUAAACGAACUUGUUGCCAAGGAAAGAUGCCAAGCAUCCAGCUCUGACCAAAUGGCAUAAGAGCAAAGAAAAUGUUUUGAUUUGUUAUUAUUUUAACUUUCAAUUAAAAGCACAUUAUUUA